UUACCUGCUAUUCCAAUAGCUCUCUCAGAUGAUUAUGGAAUUAAGCACCUCUCCCUGUAAGAGACGUCCUUGAACCACAAAAAGAACGUUACACAGGAUGUCGACGAGUGUACAUAAUUCCAGCGAAGAAUCCUUUACAUCCCAAAUUUCAUAUUUUUUACCACAAGAACCAAAACUUCACUAUGAAACAAUUUUGCAGAUUUGACGCAGUCACUUUUUGAAUAGACUUUUCUUUUCACGGCAAAUGCUUGUUAUGUACCAGCAUCUGAAAAGCAUAGAUUGAAAGAGCAUUGAUUAAUUCUAAUUUAGAAGAGAAGCAUAUCUAUCACUCAUUCUGACAGACUGUCAGACAGUCUGAUCGUAAUUUGUUUGUGACCGAUACAGCUGCAAAAUUUCAUCCACCAUUCAAGGAAAACUUUACUUAAUGUAUAUUUUAGGCUCAAUAACGGCAAUAUCAAUUGCCGCUUUAGAUAUAAAAUAGGUGAACAGAGUGAGAAUAAAUGAGACUUUGGUUACUAGUGUUUCUGUCUUUGGGGGGUUUGACAGUGUGGGGUUAUCCGGAGCGAAGAGCGGCGGAGAAGUUGCAACUGGCACAGUCGCAACAACAGUCACAAUUGCAGGACAAGAAAGAAAACAAAGUGCGGGAAACCCCGAGGGACUGUAAAGGAAAGUGUGCGACGAGUAUAGCUCAAAAGGCUGCCGCUGAGGCGAAGGCGGCUCAAGCUGCGCAGAACGCUGCUGGUGCGCAAGCAGCUCAUAUGGUAAAAACCCAACUGGCCGAAAAAGCGCUUCAAGCGGCAAAAGCAGCCGAAGCAGCUCUAGCAGGCAAACAGGCAGUAGUGGAACAACUCCAGCAAGAAGUGAAGGAAGCAGAAGCCGUGGUUGCUGAGAACACAGCGGCUGUGCAUCAGCAACAGGGCACUGUUAAUGCGGCUGUGCAAGCUGCCCAACAAGCGACUGCGCAGCACAAGUUGAUGAUGCAAGCGACAGCGCUUGCGGCGCAACUGGAGAAGUCUGCGCAUUGUGUUUUAGACAAGACGAAAUUUGGACUACAGGAGAAAUGCCACAAUUUGGCAGAAGCCAGAGCGAGGCUGGCACAUUUGCAACAUAAGCUGCAAUGCGCCUGCGCCGAAUGCUCGGCAACGAAGCAAGCCGCGCACUGCGCCUGCGAAGCCGCCAGAGCAGCUUGCGGCAACGCUAGACGUAAAAAGCACAUCGUUGAAAUAAAAGACGCAUCAAAAGAUACCAAGAGUAGAAGAUAACUCAUUAUUAAACUAAGUGACCAUGUAGGCUUUCUCGGUAAGAUUUUAUUCGCCAUUAAUAAAUUACCUGAACGAUCAUGGAUAUACACAGUUUACGGUUAGCACUAAACACGUGGAUAUUUUAACUUGUAUUUUAGAUUAAUGUCGUUUACUUAGUUUUGUAAUGUCGUGUGUUAAGAUGUGAUGUAUAAGAUUUUUGAUAAAAGUUCGUAUAAGCUUCUGGUAAUAUAGUUUUUAAAUCGU